UGCAGAGGGUAUAUAUAUGUUUUGUAAUGUUCACAGCAUUUCCUCAACUGCAGAGGGUAUAUAUAUGUUUUGUAAUGUUCACAGCAUUUCCUCAACUGCAGAGGGUAUAUAUAUGUUUUGUAAUGUUCACAGCAUUUCCUCAACUGCAGAGGGUAUAUAUGUGUUUUGUAAUGUUCAUCAGCAUUUCCUCUUACUGUGUGUAUAUAUAUAUAUACAUGUCCUUUACUGGUCAGGUGUGUCAUUAAUGCCUAAUGAUACUUGUUCAGUACAAAAACGUUAUUGAAAGUUGCACAUAGAAAUACCACUAAAUAGAGCCAACGUGAUUCCUUACUGUAUACGUCAGAGGUGAGCGUUUGUUCUAAAUAGCAUAUUUCUAUCUGAACGUACCCCUACGGUACAUUUAAUUUGUAAUAUAAACAAACUUCCAGUAGUGUGUUUAUAUGUUGUAUGGGUGGAAACUAAACCAUAUCCCUGGCAUGGUGUAGUGGCCCCAGUAGGAAACUAAACCAUAUCCCUGGCAUGGUGUACAGUGGCCCCAGUAGGAAACUAAACCAUAUCCCUGGCAUGGUGUACCGUGGCCCCAGUAGGAAACUAAACCAUAUCCCUGGCAUGGUGUACCGUGGCCCCAGUAGGAAACUAAACCAUAUCCCUGGCAUGGUGUACCGUGGCCCCAGUAGGAAACUAAACCAUAUCCCUGGCAUGGUGUACAGUGGCCCCAGUAGGAAACUAAACCAUAUCCCUGGCAUGGUGUACAGUGGCCCCAGUAGGAAACUAAACCAUAUCCCUGGCAUGGUGUACAGUGGCCCCAGUAGGAAACUAAACCAUAUCCCUGGCAUGGUGUACCGUGGCCCCAGUAGGAAACUAAACCAUAUCCCUGGCAUAGUGUACAGUGGCCCCAGUAGGAAACUAAACCAUAUCCCUGGCAUGGUGUACAGUGGCCCCAGUAGGAAACUAAACCAUAUCCCUGGCAUGGUGUACAGUGGCCCCAGUAGGAAACUAAACCAUAUCCCUGGCAUGGUGUAGUGGCCCCAGUAGGAAACUAAACCAUAUCCCUGGCAUGGUGUAGUGGCCCCAGUAGGAGACUAAGCCAUAUCCCUGGCAUGGUGUACAGUGGCCCCAGUAGGAAACUAAACCAUAUCCCUGGCAUGGUGUACAGUGGCCCCAGUAGGAAACUAAACCAUAUCCCUGGCAUGGUGUACAGUGGCCCCAGUAGGAAACUAAACCAUAUCCCUGGCAUGGUGUACAGUGGCCCCAGUAGGAAACUAAACCAUAUCCCUGGCAUGGUGUACAGUGGCCCCAGUAGGAAACUAAACCAUAUCCCUGGCAUGGUGUACCGUGGCCCCAGUAGGAAACUAAACCAUAUCCCUGGCAUGGUGUACAGUGGCCCCAGUAGGAAACUAAACCAUAUCCCUGGCAUGGUGUACAGUGGCCCCAGUAGGAAACUAAACCAUAUCCCUGGCAUGGUGUACAGUGGCCCCAGUAGGAAACUAAACCAUAUCCCUGGCAUGGUGUACAGUGGCCCCAGUAGGAAACUAAACCAUAUCCCUGGCAUGGUGUACAGUGGCCCCAGUAGGAAACUAAACCAUAUCCCUGGCAUGGUGUACCGUGGCCCCAGUAGGAAACUAAACCAUAUCCCUGGCAUGGUGUACAGUGGCCCCAGUAGGAAACUAAACCAUAUCCCUGGCAUGGUGUACAGUGGCCCCAGUAGGAAACUAAACCAUAUCCCUGGCAUGGUGUACAGUGGCCCCAGUAGGAAACUAAACCAUAUCCCUGGCAUGGUGUACAGUGGCCCCAGUAGGAAACUAAACCAUAUCCCUGGCAUGGUGUACAGUGGCCCCAGUAGGAAACUAAACCAUAUCCCUGGCAUGGUGCCACGUACUACCAACUGACCCAGUUAUUUCCAGUCCAUCAGUCCCAGGACAAUAGUUUAUAGUCAAACUGUCAGCCUGUGUGUAAUAAAACAAUCUGCCCUU